CCGAGCGGAGCCGAAGCGAAACGAGCGGAGCCGAAGCGAGCCUCCAAGUUCCGUGUUGUGUGUCCCAGGCAGGCAAGCAGGGAAGCAGGCAGCGCGCGAGGACCGAGAGACGCCAGCGAACAUCCGGCGGGAGGAAGGCAGGAAACGACGAGGACGCGGAUCACAGAGCGCGCGUCGUCGUCGGACGGAGCGCUGCGAACGCCUUCCGCGCCCGUAUUGUGUCGUCGUCGUUAUCGUGACGCACUUCUACACGAUGACAUAGGCGGCGUUCGUGUGAUGAAGAAGGAGCGGUCGCUGUCUCACGGAACGAUCAUGCAACUGGCCCGGGUUCUGGAAGGAGAAGGAGCCACGGGACGCUUGGGUCAGAGUUUCCGCCCCCGUUUCUCCCAGGGCGCCACGCGAGUUUGUUUCAUGUGAUCGCGAGCGGCUGACAUGGAGCAGGACUUUACCCAAUCGCCCUUUGACCUUUGCUAACAUCACAUCCGAGAUGUCCGGCGGCGGGAGGACGCACCGGGUCCGAGACUUUAACCGUUUCAUCACCUGCUACCUUUGCGGAGGUUACCUCAUCAAGCCCACCACGGUCACCGAGUGCCUGCACACCUUCUGUAAGAGUUGCAUCGUGCAGCACUUUGAGGAAAGCAACGACUGUCCCAAAUGCGGCAUUCAGGUCCACGAGACAAACCCGCUGGAGAUGCUCAGGCUGGACAACACUCUGGAGGAGAUCAUUUUCAAGUUGGUUCCGGGCCUCCGAGAGCAGGAGGAGGAACGAGAGGUGGAAUUCUGGAGGGAAAAUCGGCGUGACGAGAACCUACCGGCCGGCGACGCGGUGGGAGCGGGGCUUCCCAUCGGGGAGGACGACGGCGGCAACGACGACUACCACAGGAGCGACCCUCAGAUCGCUGUCUGCCUCGACUGUUUGUGCAACACGGGCCACGCCGGCGAGACCAACGUCACGGACCUGAUGAAGAAAUUCAUCCGUUGUUCCAGUCGCGUGACGGUGGGAACCAUCAAGAAGUUUCUAAGCCUCAAACUCAAACUACCCAGCUCCUACGAGCUGGACGUGUUGUGUAACGGUGAGAUCAUGGGUCGAGAUCACACGCUGGAGUUCAUCUACAUGACAAGAUGGCGGCUGCGUGCCCACAACACGUAUCCCAUGGUCCUCGAGUACCGACCGCGCAUCGACUUUGGAUGAAGUGAAGCACGCGCGCACGCAAGUGUCGACGUAUUUACAGGGUUUCAUGAAGAUAUUUUUGUAGCGUGUAAACACGUUGAAGAGUUUUUAUGCUAUGAGAUGGUAAUAACGGGAGUAAUAUAUGAAGUAUAAAGAAAUAUGUACGUGCCUCAGAGUUCGCUCGGCUUAUUAAAUGUUUUUACUGUC